AUGUUAUCACCCCCCGCAAACAAUCCCGUCACUUCCCAACCACCCCCAGCAGCCCCAGCAGCCCCCACCUCCCCCGGCCCGCCUAUCUCCACGCCCCUCCCCUUCGACCCCACUUCGGCCCCAUCCCAACUGGCGCCUCUCCAUGUCCAGCCCCGGCCCACCGAUCCCGCGCCGUACUCUGCUCCGGCAGCUCCGGCCCAGCACCAGCAAAGACGGCGCCGAUCCACUACGACCCAGCGCCCGCGCCCGAGGACGGCUUCGGUAGUGCAGGACCUGCGUGAGGGUAUGUCUAUUGGGGCUGUCACUACCCCUUCGACGACAAAAACCCAGGCGGUGGUGGGGACGCCGGAUGUAGAGCGAUCUGCGAGUGCGGCUUUUGGAUCUGGAGGCGGGAGGGCGAGGUCGCAUACUGUCUCGGUGACUAUGCCCGCUCGGCAAGCGUCGGGAGAUGAUAGGAGGGUACUUGCUUCCCCCUCUAGCUCGAGGCGCUCUAGCUCGAGGCGCUCUAGCUCGAGGCGGCGUCGGGGCAGUUCGCCGGUGGGGUAUCAAGUCGGAAAAGAGGGGACGCAGCAGGAGUUGAGCGAUGAGAUGGUGGGGGUUUUGGAUUGUGUUGAUCCGCAGGUAGCUACCAUGAAUCAUCUGCAGAAUAUGACCAACUCUGUCAUGUUCCCGUACCUACCCUCUGUCUGGUCACGCCGUCCCGACAUCCGCCUCUCGCCCGACUCUUCCGAUGAAAGUCUUGCCCCCCUUCAACCGUCCCAAGACAAUGUCCACCCUGUUGCCCCGGCGACGCGUUUCAGAUCGGCUUCUACGAGUUCUAGGAGGGGAUCGCUUAGUCUGGGGAGGUUGAUGACGGGAACGGGAAGGGGAAGGGGGAGGCAGGAGGACGAAGAAGAAGGAGUGGGGGUGAAGAGCGCGCCGCCGGGGGUGAGUUGGGAAGGAGCGCACCCGCUCGCUAUACCCGAGGAAGAGCCCCAGCGAGAAGCCAAGGAGGCUCCUCCGAUGGACGACUCUGCUCUCGACACCGCUACGUCAAAGACUACCACCCGACCCCCCACCGCCAUCUCAAAACCCUCCCAAUCCCACUCCUCCCUCUCCCUCGCCUCCCAAGUCGACUCGCUCAAUCUCUCACAAGCACAAGACGCCGCCGACCACGCCCGCAUCGACCGCCACAUCCACCACAUCCUCUCCUCCUCCCAAAAACAAAAGCUGCGCCUCGCUCUCAAAGGUCUUCGGGCAUUCGUCAAGACGCCCAUGGGGUUCUUCACCGCCAUAUACGGCUUCCUCGUCGUCUUUUGGGGUGCGGCGAUCGUGCUGUUUUUGUUGGGGUGGAUCGAUGUGGGAGGGGGGGAUAAGCAGAGUGUGUGGGUGGAGAUUAGUAGUCAGGUUGUUAAUGGGUUGUUUACGGUGACGGGGGUGGGGCUGAUUCCGUGGAGGAGCCUGGACACUUAUCGUAUGGGCGUGAUUUGGACGUUGAAGAGACGAGGAGAAAGACGACGAGACAAAUUAGGUCUUGCCCCCAUCGACGAUCCGAACGACGUGCCCGACCCCAGGACUAUCCCCGGAUACAUCCACGUUCUGAACGAGCAAGAAUACGCCAAACUCGCGCAUCAUCAGGAAAAGUUUGCCUUGUCGCAGACGUGGUAUAAGCCGCAUGCUACGGCUACGCAUCGGGCUUUUCCUAUUAGGUGGGCGUUGUGGAAUACUAUUCUUAUGGACCUCAACUCGGUGUUUCAGUGUAUACUUUGUGGCUGUAUGUGGGGCAUGAGAUGGCGUGAGAGGCCGGCGUGGACGACGGGGAGUCUUAUUCCGCUUUCGUUCUUGUGUGGUAUCGGCGCCUCCCUCCUCAUCUUUCUCGGCUCGAAACGCACCAAAAAAGAAAUCAUCCUCUCCCAAAAACUGCGCCAGGCUCUUGGUGUGCCGCUCGCCAUUGCGCAACCGUCCACCCUCGACCCGGACGACCCGCUCAUCCUCAAGGGCAUGCCGGCUUUGGCUUUGGAGAAGAAGAAGGAGGAGAGGUUGGGGAAUGUGGGGGGGAGGGCGAAAGAUGGGGGUGCUAUUGUUGGACAAGGUGGAGGUGGAGGAGAUCCGGGGGAGAGGGGGAGGAGGGAGACGGUGACGUUUGGGAUGAAGGGAGAAAAGGGGGAGGAGGAGAGGGAGAAGGAGGAUCUUAGGCAUAGGGGGCUGACGCUACCGCUACCGUCGCCGUCGUCGUUCCAUCCGCACGCGGGCUAUGCGCAUCUCUCGUCGUUACCGGAGGAUAUGAAGGUGGAGUCGCCGAUGGUGAUGACGCCGUCCACGCCGUCCGGUGCGGCUGGUGGUGGGAUGGGGGAGGGUGAGAAGAGGCGGGGGAGUGGGCUUGGUAUGGUGGGAAAAGGAUCUGGAGAUGACAUGAGGGACUUGGGGGACUUGGGGGGGUUGUAG